AUGUUUUGGUUAAAUACGGGACAAAAAUUAAAACAAAGCUUCAAUGAACCCAAUCGAACGAAAGCUUUAUUUGAUUUCAUUCAGUAUAAAUUUCAACAUGUUCAACCAAUUUUAACCCUUCCUUUCCUCGCGGACAAGGAUGAAGAUAUUCAAAAAGAAAAUUUUAAUCAAAAUGCAAAAGCAAAUGAAGAAUUGGAGCAAAAUAUCACAGCCGUACAAUAUGCAAAAGCUGAAGAUAUUUUGUCAGAAUCUUCAAAAGAAGAUUGUACUAUAAUUGAGGAAAAUCUUGAAAGAAAUAUUCAUCGAAAUAGUCCACCAAUAAAAAAGAAAAAUGAAUACUCAUAUUUUAGUCCACGAUUUGGACAUAAUUUUUUUUCUAGUCUCCAAAAAAAUUUACCGUAUUUUGAUAAUUAUUUAUCGGUACAAUUUGCUGAUUUUAAUAAAUUUUUGCAUCGAAUGAAGGAUCAGAAAAAUGAUGAACAAAAAACAGAAGAUAACUCGGAUAUUGAUAGCGAUGAUGAGGGAAGUGAUAUUCCAAACCAGAAUCUGAAAAAGAAAAAAUUGCACUCUCGUUGCAUUGCAAAUCCUAUCUCGCGCAAACUAGUUCGAAAAUUUCCUUCAAGUUCAUCAAGUUCUCAUCAUUAUGUAUUAAAAUAUCACACGCCUCAAUCAAAAACUCCAAAGGAACGUAAUUUGUUUUCACGACGCACACAUCCAAUUAAAAAUUUCUACUCCUGUACGCCGUCAGUACAUCAUGAAAAAAGUGAGCGACAACCUUUAAUAGAAAUUGUGCGUAAAACCCAUGCAAAGUAUCGUCAAGAGUACAGCAAGCAUAUUGCAAAACCGAAACACGAUCAGCAAUCACGACAAUUGCACAAAUACACUACUUAUGAAACUGAUAACAACAAUAUUUCAUUAUCGAAAGUAAAGAAAAUAUGUAAAAGUCAUAAAAAACGACAUCAUACUGUGAAUAGGCCCAGCCUCGAAUCAAUUGGAGAUUCAGAUUUCCUUACUUCAAUUGAUUAUACUAAAUUGUCGGAACCACACACUUCAAAAAGUUACGUUGAUUAUGCACUUAAAUUAUCAAGAUCUAGUAUGUUACGUAUGAAUUCUGCCGGGGCAAAUAAGCAAUCAAAACACAAACUUACAGCAACCGAUUCUAAAAUUGAAAUACUUAAUAAGUUAAUUCACAUCUGUUCCGAUGAAGGACGCCCUUUGUUCCCUGGCAAGGGCGAAAAGCAUAAACGCCCUCGAAUCAAGGUUAUGACACCGGCAGAUGGUGAAGCCUAUGAACGCUUGAAGAAAAUCACAGUUCGACAAACGCAAGGAUCAAGCUUAGCCCCCACAUCUACAAAGCGAAUAGAAAAUUUUUGUGAAAAAUCAAUGGGAAGUAAAACGCAACGUAUUGUAACACAACAAUAUGAAACAAUCAAGGAGAAAAAAAAUUCAAGGCCUUCAUCGUCUAAAUCGGCGUCAAAGGAAGUAAGGACUGAUAAUGGAAGUGUUAUAAAAAAGAGAUGUAUUUUGCACGCGAACGUUGGGGUGGAUAAUGGCCCAAUAUUAAUGGAGCUUGAGUCAAGGAAUACUAUCAAUCUAAAUGAAAGUUCUAAAUUGGUUUUAGGCUCCAAUAAACAAAAUCCCAACAACUGUUUAUAUAAAAAUGAAACGAAAAAAUACGUAAAAGAAAAGUGUUUCCAAGUCACUCAAGAAUCGUUAGUACCGAAUAAUAACAGCAUAGGCUCUGUAAUGGAAUUAAGCAAAUUAUCUACAUCUAAAAACAGUCUCUUCUCGUUAAAAGAUUCCUACCCAUAUUUUGGUAUGAGUGGUAUGGGUCUAAUUUUUGAUAUUCAUAAUGGUAGCAACACAUAUUUUCCCAUUAUCCAAUCAAAAAUAAUCAUAUUUAAUAAUGAAGCUACUUUACUAAAUAUAGCAAACGAUUUGCUAAAAUUAAAUGAUUCAGCAGUGGCAUCUAUUUAUUUUAAUCAUCAGAUGUACAACAUAUCCGAACAAUUAGCCCAUAAAUGUUUAAAGAAUUAUUUACGACGAAAAUGUGGUAAAUACUUAUACCGAAGAAAAUAUCGAAAAAAUCGUAAAUAUUAUUUACUUUAUAAGUAAUUUCAUUUCACAUCAUUUUUGAAAAAAUAUACUUGUUAGUUUUCGACAUUUAAAUUUAAAUCGUUUUAUUUAUUUGCAAUGCCAUCUAAUAUCGAACUCUGAACCACACCGAAAAUCGAAUAAAGCUUGCGAAACGAAUAAUUUAUGCGAAUAUCGAAAAUACUAUGCCAUACUAUGUCGCGAAUAAUAUGCCAUCUAUAAAUAAAAUAUCGAAUUCUGGACUUAGAUAUAUGAAAUGGUUUAUAACAACGGAACAAUGAUGCAUAAAUUUAAAAUAAAAUCUCUAUGAUUUUGAACAACGAAUUUGAAUUUUAGGAGUAAAAAUUCACAAUCACAACUCUG